GCCACAGCGCCACUUCUUAUGGCUAAUUCUGUUGGGGGCUGUGUCGCCCCAUAUAAAGUGACAAGCGACGGGAGUGAACCGCAUCAUUAAGUCAACGUCGUUCGCAACGCCAAGAGUUGGGUCGGGGAAUUCAAGCCUCAUUCUCACAACAAACACGGAUACUGAAGUGCCAGUCAAUCUUUCGAAAUGCAAGCCAAAGUUCUGACUGUUGUUUCCCUUUUGGCGAUCGCCGGCUGCUGCAGCGGAGGAUUCGCUGGCUACCAUCCGGCCACAUAUGCCACUUACCAGGCUCCAGCAGCCGUCUAUCAGCAGGCGUACGCCGCUCCAGUCUACCAACACGUGGCUCCAGUGCUGGCCAAGAGCGUGGUGCCCGCGGCGCCCGUUUACACAAAGUCCUAUGCCCUGCCAGCUGUUGCCAGUGUCAAGCACGUGGAGGUGGAGUCGGCGCCACGUUACGACUUCUCCUAUGGAGUGCACGAUUCCGUGACCGGAGACAUCAAGAGCCAAGCGGAGACCCGCGACGGUGGCAAUGUGGUCGGCUCGUAUAGCGUGCUCGAUGCCGAUGGCUUCAAGCGUACGGUAACCUACACCGCUGACGAUAUCAACGGAUUCAAUGCCGUGGUCCAGCGAGAGCCUUUCGUACUCGCCCGUUCCGCCCCUGUCGUCUCUCUGCCUGCACCCAUAUACUACCCUCAGCAGACGCAAAUCCACCACCAGCAGCAGCAGCACAUCUUCGCUUCCCCCCCUCAGCAGGUCAGCCAGCAGCACGGUGAAGUUGUAGAGGCACCGACACAGCCCGAGCUUGAACCCACUCCUGUGGACUACACCGAAGGACAAGAACAGCAGCAGCAGCCCGACUACCCCCAAGAUCAGCAGUUCCCUCCCUACUCCCCUGCCUCGCCAGCCGCCCCUCCCGCUGCCGUGGACAACAACGAUGACUCCGAUGUGGUUGAGGCGCGCUCUGCUGCCCCCAGCGAGAACACCACCUCCACAGUCGCACCAGCGCCUGUUAACGAGGAGAACAGUGGAGACGACAAAAAGUCGGCCUAGAUUGUGACACACCUGAAAUUUGUUGAAACAAUAAAUGCGAAAUAAAUUGGAAACGAA